GGACCCCACCAAGGAAUGUUCCUGAUGUUAAAUAAUGGUCAUUCAGUUGCGAUAAACCUGCCUCCCUCUAUGUCCAUCAACAAAGGGCUGGAGGGUCGCUACACAGCUGUUCAGAUGCACUUUCACUGGGGUGGACUCGACCUGGAGAGUAGCGGCUCCGAGCACACAAUUGAUGGCAUACGAUAUGUGGCAGAGUUGCACAUUGUUCAUUACAAUUCAGACAAAUACAGCAGUUUCUCUGAAGCUUCUACCAAACCAGAUGGACUGGCCGUGCUUGCAUUUUUCUAUGAGGAUGGACAUUUGGAAAACACAUACUACAGUGACUUUAUCUCCAGCUUGAGUAAAAUCCGUUAUUCAGGCCAGUUUACAGAAAUGCAACCAUUUGACAUCAGCACAAUGCUACCCGAUAACCUCUCCAACUUCUACAGAUACAAAGGGUCUCUGACAACCCCACCUUGUUUUGAGUCUAUAAUCUGGACAAUCUUUGACACGCCGAUUGUGCUCUCCUCUAAUCAGAUCCGAUUAUUAGAAAACUCUGUGAUGGACUGGGAGAACAAAACCCUGCGGAACGAUUAUCGGCACGCACAGCCAAUCAACGACAGAAUUGUGGAAGCUUCAUUUCAACCUUUCCAGGAGAAAGGUUCUUGCCACCUUGAUACUCUUCAAAGGAAGUUGGAUAGAAUUGAAGGAAUUUUGAAUAAAUUGCAAAUUUCGGAAUCAGGCAGUGAGUUGUCUUCGUAUCCUGCUUUUCACUUCUCCAAGGAAAGCCUUGCGAGUUAUGUGGAAAUUCAAACCCUUCGCAGCAUGAACCUUACUUCAUUUACAAUGUGCUUGUGGAUCAGAACGAGGGAUUCCCUGCCGCGGAUCCUCCUAUCAUACGCAACAAGGGAGAGCGACAACGAACUCGUUCUUUCUGUGGGUCUCGACUGGGGGCUGUGGAUUGGAGGCCAGUUUGUGAACGUGCCUUUGAACUUCCAGACAAAUGAGUGGGUGCACUACUGCGCAACGUGGACUUCUCAGACGGGAGCGGUGGAAAUGUGGAACAACGGGCUAGCAGCCCGGGCCAGACACGUGAAGAAAGGAUACAUUAUUAAAGCAGGCGGAUCCCUGAUCAUGGGGAGAGACCAGGAUGGCAUUGAGGGCAUGUACUCUGAUGCUUUUGUGGGAGAGGUAACCGCUCUCAACAUGUGGGACCAUGUCCUCAGUCCUUCGGAGACUCGACGUCUCAUGGAAUGCAGGUACAGAUGGAAGAAGGGUAAUGUGGUGGGUUGGGGGGUGAGCUCUGUGGCACUGUUUGGUGGCGUGGGGCUUGCGGGGGACACUGUUUGCUUUGGAUAA